AUGUUCGAUUGCAAGCCCCACUACAUCAAUAUACUUCCCCACUUUAAUGGGAGAUCUAAUGAUGAACCAUACACUCAUUUGGUGGAGUUUUCGUCCAUAUGUAGUACUAUUGGAGGGCAUGAUUUUGCAUUGGAAGAGGUCAAGCUUCGGUUAUUUCAAUUUUCGCUAAAGGAUAAGGCGAAACAAUGGUUCCUCACACUUUUGGCGAAUAGUAUUCGUACAUGGGGAAAAAUGCAACAAGUUUUUCUUGAUGAGUAUUAUUCGAUGGCGAAGACCGAUGAUGCUAGAGAUGAAAUUAGGUCUUUUCGCCAACUUUCGAGAGAACCAUUGCACGAAGCAUUCACCCGAUAUAAGGAACUAAUUCGGAAGUGCCCACAUCAUCAAAUUGAAAAGUGGGAGUUGGUCAAAUGUUUUGUGCGAGGGUUGGAUGAUGAGACAUGGAACCACCUUGAAUCGACGAGUAAUGGAACUUUGUUGAGUAAUCACGAGGACGAUGAUUGGGAGUUCCUCGAGAGGAUGAGCAAGAGGUCAAAGGCGAAAGAAUCGGCCGUCCGAGCCAAAAAGCACCCUACCUCAAGGUCUUGGCCCGAUCGCGAUACGAGUUCUAAGGAUCGGAUUGAAACGCUGGAGCGGGAGUUGGCCCGCAUGAAGAAAAAAGAAGUGGGUGCGGUGCAAUACACCGUAUGUGAAGAAUGCGGCGACAUCGGUCACCCGACCGAGAAUUGUCAAGCCACUGUGGAUAUGAAUCAAGUGUAUGGAGACUGGAAGCAAUACGAUAUGAACUCCAACAUUUACCACCCCGGAUUGAGGAACCAUCCUAACUUUAGGUAUGGUAAUGCCUCCAACCAAAUGAACCCGAAUUUCCAAUUGGGAAAUCAAGGUGGGUAUUCGCACCAAACUCGCCAAGGAGGUAACCAAGGGUAUCAAAAUCGUGAAAGCAAUUAUCAACGUGGUUACAACCAAAGUGGAAAUGGGGGUGGUGCAUCAAACUCUCAAGGUGAUGAUUCAUUAAACUCUAAACUUGAUGCUAUUAUGAAUGCUAUCAACCAUUCAAAUCAAGAGAUGAAGAAAGAGUUUGAGGUACGAGAUAAAUCCCAUAAGGCGCUGGAAAAGCAAGUGGGGCAACUUGCACAAGAGAUGGCUCAGAUUCGUGGAAGCGGAGGAGGGCUUCCAAGUGACACUACAGUGAACCCGAAGCAUCAAGGUUCUAGCACAAGCAACGUGAGGAAUGCACGCAUUAGCGCGGUAAGUCUCCUUUCAAAUGAUGAGGUUUGUAGUAGUGUUGAAAGCAUUCCACCACCACAAUGCGUUGAUGGUGUAGUGGAAAAUACAAGUGAUGAGUCGGAAAGUAAAAAUGAACAAGAAACGAUUUCACAAAUUAAAAUUGAAAACAUGACUAAGGAUUCUUUUUGUGAAAAUUGUUUAAAUCAAAUUAACUCGAGUAAUGCAUCAAAGCUUGAAGAACGGUGCCCACCAAAGGACGAGAGGUGGGAAAUUUUUAAACAAGCAAAAAUUAAUUUGCCGUUACUUGAUGACAUUAAAAAAGUUCUGGCUCAUGUGGAAUGCUUGAAAGAGUUGAGCAUUGAAAAAUAG